GCCGGGGCGCUGCGGCCUACGUCGUACGAGAUCGAUCUCCUGGCGCCCUGCGCUCGGGGAGCCCCUGCGGCCACUCCGGCGAACGAGACCGGCCGUCAUCGCUGUCGCCUCCAACGACUGCCCGACCCCCGGACCGUCUCGGCGACAACUCGGCUGCCGUGCAUCGCCAUGUACGGGUUCGUGAACCACGCCUUGGAGCUGCUGGUCCUGAGAAAGUUUGGCGCCGAAACAUGGGAACAGAUCAAACGGGAAGCCGAGAUCGAGAUGGAGGGCCAGUUCCUGGUUCGACUCGUGUACGACGACGAGAUCACCUACAGCCUCGUGCUGGCGGCGGAGAAGGUCCUCGGCAUACCGGCUGACGAGAUCCUGGAGAUGUUCGGGCGCAUGUUCUUCGACUUCUGCCAGGAGUCCGGCUACGACAAGAUCCUGCAGGUGCUGGGCGCCACUCCCAGGGACUUCCUGCAGAACCUGGACGCCCUGCACGACCACCUGGCCACCAUCUACCCGGGCAUGCGCGCCCCUUCCUUCCGCUGCACCGAGAGGCCCGGCGACGGGGCGCUGCUCCUGCACUACUACUCCGAGCGGGAGGGACUCGAACCCAUCGUCAUCGGCAUCGUCAAGGCCGUGGCGAGCAAGCUGCACCACACCGAGGUGCAAGUGGAGCAGCUCCAGGGCAAGGAGGACGGGCUGGACCACGUGCAGUUCGCCAUCCGGGAGACGGGUCAGCGGCCGCGCACGCCGGAGCCCGAGCUCGAGGACUUCCUGGACGCCGAGUCGCUGCAGGAGAAGAAGAUCAGUCCGGCCACGUUCUGCCGCGCCUUUCCCUUCCAUGUCAUGUUCGACCGGAACCUGAACGUCGUGCAGGCCGGCACCUCGGUCACUCGAGUGCUGCCCACGCUCGCCCAGGAGAACAGCCGCAUCUCGGACUUCAUGGAGCUCGUGCGACCUCACAUGGAGCUGACCUUCGACAACAUCCUGGCGCACAUAAACACGGUGUACGUGCUUCGCACGCGCGCCACAGCGGGCCAGACCGGCGAGCGCGCAACGCGCAUGCGCCUCAAGGGCCAGAUGCUGUACGUGCCCGAGACGGAGCUCAUGCUGUUCCUGUGCUCUCCGAGCGUCCUCAACCUGGACGACUUGAACCGGAGGGGCCUCUACCUCAGCGACAUACCGCUGCACGACGCCACGCGCGACCUGGUGCUCCUCUCCGAGCAGUUCGAGGCCGAGUACAAGCUGACCAAGAACCUCGAGAUACUCACCGACAAGCUCCAGCAGACGUACCGGGAGCUCGAGGACGAGAAGAAAAAGACCGACAGGCUCCUGUACUCCAUCCUGCCGCCGUCGGUCGCCAACGAGCUCCGCCACCACCGGCCCGUGGCUGCCAAGAAGUACGACUGCGUCACCAUACUAUUCAGCGGCAUUGUCGGCUUCAGCGCGUACUGCGCCCAGCACUCAGACUCCAAGGGGGCCAUGAAGAUAGUCAAGCUGCUCAACGACAUUUACACGACCUUCGACGUGCUCACCGAUCCCAAGAAGAACCCGAACGUGUACAAGGUGGAGACUAUCGGUGACAAGUACAUGGCAGUGAGCGGUCUGCCGGAGCCCUGUGAGAGCCACGCGCGAUGCAUCGGCCGCCUGGCGCUCGACAUCAUGGACCUCUGCAAGCAGGUCAAGAUGAACGACGACCAGAGCGUGCAAGUGACGAUCGGCAUCCACUCCGGGGAGGUGGUGACUGGAGUGAUCGGGAAGCGGAUGCCGCGCUACUGCCUCUUCGGCAACACCGUCAACCUGACCAGCCGGACGGAGACCACGGGAGAAAAGGGGCGCAUCAACGUCUCCGAAGACGCAUACCGGUGUCUGCAGCAACCACAGAACGAGGACCCGACGUUCAAGUUCGACUACCGGGGACCCGUCACGAUGAAGGGCAAGAAGGAGCCGAUGAAGGUCUGGUUUCUCUCCAGGAACCUCGACGCCAAGCCAGCCGCGUAACACGGGUGUCAUCGCCCGCCGUGGGACCACGCGCGGGACCACGCAGUGCCGGAGAACGACGCAUUCGGACGCCACGCCGCAGCAGAUGUCGCGCGAUGCGUCUCCCGAAGUGACUGUCGCGAAGCGAACAGCUGGAACCAAGGAGGCUAAAGAAAAACUUCAACCUCCUUGGCUGGAACCGACAAAUUUUCCCUCUGUUGCAUGUUUGCAGCCGUAGAUUCGAUAUGCCGCGCGCGGGCUCCCUUUUAUUCAAAUGCUGCCGUCAUGUGGCAUAUUACCAGCGCAAACAAUGGACACGGAACACAAUGUAUAGAUAUAAGACUUCUCAGUUAUGCUUCGCGUCCGUAAUUUGCGCUGGCACUGAUAAGUCACGUAAUUCGAGCGAGUGUAACUAUAGCCCAGCUUUGUGCGCUAAGUCCAGAGCUGCAUUCGUUGUUGUUGGUCAGUGUUCUGGCAAAGAGCUUGUCUUAUUUUGUAUAUGUGUGCCAUCGAUGGAAUACCGCCUCAGCGAAAGCACAUUUCGUGGCCUAUAUCAAAUGUCCAGAUUCCUUUUUUUUAUGUUGUUCUCUAAAUUGGCUUGCACAUGGCUGACAUAGUUUACAGCAUAUCUUUUUUUAAGCCCUUAACGUUUCCCUUCCCGUCGCAUCAAGUGAAGGCUCUAUGCGCUUCUCUUUGGUAAAGGACGGCAAAGCAGCGGCUGUCUGGCUUUCGCAGCUUGACUGGUUGCAACGACAGCAAUAUACUAGCCAAGAAUAUGUAUAUUGUUAACCUACAAAAAUAACCAACAGUCCCGUCCUGCUUAAGCAUCCGACCAAUACCGUUCGUCUAUUGUGAUGUGUGGUUUCUGUGAUGUGUGCAAACUCACAAUGAAGCUUUAUUUUGAAUUUUCUUGCAUCCAUACACAAGUCUGAAAUCACGAUUUUGUCUUUAAAGGCGAGAGAGAAGGCGGUGUCAAUCUGUCAUAUUGUAUUAAUUGUUACAAAAGAAAAAAAAUGAAAGGGUGUCCACAGUGGAGGAUAAUUUCUUGUAAAGGGAGGUUCGUCUUCUAUCCGUUUGAACGGCGAAGGUAUGCAUACGUUUUGUAUCUGAAACAAAUAUAGCGGAUUACUUUUGCUCGUUCCGAACAGCUCUCUGAGAUAGACAUAGCAUCUUAGUCAGUGCGAGCGAGACAAAUGGUCGACACUUGAUGGAGUCAUCACGGCUGCUAUUAAAAUUUCGAGGCGUCGGUUCACGCAUUGCAUUCUCGUAAAAAAAAGGGUAUAUAUAUAUAUAUAUAUAUAUAUAUAUAUAUAUAUAUAUAUAUAUAUAUAUAUAUAUAUAAUAUGGUGUACGCCGUUCUGCUAGGCUGGUGUGGAUUCCCUACGUUCAUUGGAGAAGGGAAAACAUAUCUGCAUUGCGGGGUAGACUGCGAAUUCGUUCGACACUCUCUCAAUGGGCUAUUCGGGCUUGUCUGCGGCAUACGGUUGUUUGUAGCUCGAGUCUUAUAUUUGGCAAAGACUGACAAAUGCUUGAUCGCGCCGCUAUCAUACAUUGAAGUCGUCUGCAGCGAGACAAUAAAGUAUAUGCAACAAAUUCUUAUUUUUUGCGGAAUCUUGGAACACAAGAAACUCCACUGAUUGGUUUCUAAUUGGUCUGUUUGCUUCUUUUUUUUAUUCCUUUUUUUGUGUGUGGAUUUGUUGAGUCUGUUGAAAUAAAAGUGGCGAGCCACCAUGUUAUUCUCGUCGUUGGAAGUUCAAAGAGCCGCAUGAACCGUCGUGACAAAAGUUGAGAAUAUCGGUCACUUACGACACGCUCCCUGCUGGGGACCUGCGAACUGGAGCUUCAUGCUGUAUAUAGAAGUACUUAAGAAAGAAAGAGCCUGCCUUCUUGUGCCAUGCUCCACAUCUGUGUGCUGUUGGCAUUUCGUUUCAUUUGCUGCACUUGCACGCCGCAUAUCUAAUUUAACGGACAUUAGCAGGCUUUACAUAAAGAAAACACCCGAUUUCCUCUGUGUGCACAUUCAUUUUGUAAGAUUACCGCACAGCCACUCAGAACUGUACAUACACUUGAAUGACAAGAAAAUAAAAUGUUGACAAACUAA